AUGACGACGGCCAUCGAGAAGCUCACGCAGCAGUCGACGGCGACGCAGCGCGACGUCCUGAACCAUGUGCAGCCGCUGCGCAACUGCGCGGGUGGGCUGAACGAGUACGUCCAACUGCUCCGCAAGAUCAUGGCGCGAGUGACCAACAAGAUCACGUAUUUCAUCCGUGGCCUCAAGUCGCAGACAAAGAUGGAGCUGGACGCCAUGGACGAGGCCAAGCCGCGCCGCAGCAGGGAUCAUCCCAGUGAGGUCCUGGUGUUGUCGAUCCCAGUGAAACCGACCAACGAGCGUGCAGGACCAACCCUCCCGACUACCAACCCGUCCGACGUCCUCUCGGACGAUGAGGGGACGAGGCUCUCAAGCAAGAAGAGCUUGCCGCUCUCUCAAAUGAAGAAGGCUCGCCCGAAGCCUUGCCGUCCCCCCGUGCCCAUCCCUACGUCCGAGCCCGUCAUGGACGUGUACGGCAUGGUCAUAAGCUGGACAUGUACAUCGCCGACGAUGCCUCGGACGAAGGCAGCGACGCUGCAAGCCUAAUAGUGCCGUGUGUGACGCCUCAGAAGCGCUGUCCGACGUCACUGACCAAGAACUCGUCGACGUUCUUGUGGCGCUUGAGGACCUGCACAUCAUCGAGACGCUCUGUGCCAACAUGCGUUUUGGCCAAGACCCGGUCUGGAAGGUAGUUUUGAUUUCUCCGACGAGGAUGCGGCCCCGAGUAUGUGUUCUUCAGCCCGCCCAAGUCGUCCAAACCGCCUGCGAAGACGACCAAGGUGCAAGUCAACACAAUGGCCACGUCCCACUGUUGUACAAGAGCUCAUGAUCCCCAACGGCGCGAUUUGACGGCCAUGGCGCUCGCACCUUCCUCAAUUGCGGUGCGAUGAACCAACAAUGAUAUGCGAUACGUUUGGCGGCUCGAUCGUCGAGGCUGUCGAAGACUCAACAGCAGCGUCCAGAAGCAGGUCAACCCGUGUAUGUCGUCGCGAUCGGCAACCACACGUUCCCGCAGCUUGAGAAGAUCGCGUGGGACUUUGUCGACACCAUUUCCGUCGUUCUACGAGUACUAUGUUGGACACUUGAGCUUGGAGGCAAAAGGAAAACUGAAUUCGAU